AUGGCUUUUUUGUCUUUUGGUAAGAGGUUAAGGGCAAAGCAAAGAAAAGGAGGCGUCUUGAUUAGGUAUGCGCGUGGCAUCGCCGUAACCAUUACCGUUGUUAAUCAAUUCCGACACUUAAACCUAUUAAGGACCUUAAUCCAUCUCUCUUCACAUGGCAGAUCGUCUCUCUCUACUCUCUUCUCCGACCACCACCAUAGGAAAUAUCAUCAAGUUGGUGUUGUGAAUCGGAGCUUUAGCUCGACCAAAUGCUCAGCUUCGGAUCCUGAUCAAUUGAAGAAUGCUAGAGAAGAUAUCAAAGAGCUCCUCAACACCAAGUUUUGCCAUCCAAUUUUGGUUCGUUUGGGUUGGCAUGAUGCUGGUACGUACAACAAGAACAUCAAGGAGUGGCCUCAGAGAGGUGGAGCUAAUGGGAGUUUGAGAUUCGAGAUUGAGCUUAAGCAUGCUGCUAAUGCUGGUCUUGUAAAUGCUUUGAAACUGAUUGAGCACAUCAAAGAAAAAUACUCUGGGAUCACUUAUGCUGAUCUAUUCCAAUUGGCUAGUGCUACUGCUAUAGAGGAAGCUGGAGGACCCAAAAUACCAAUGAAAUAUGGAAGAGUUGAUGUCUCUAGUCCUAAUGAAUGUCCUGAAGAAGGAAGGCUCCCUGACGCUGGCCCUCCUUCACCCGCUAAUCAUCUCAGAGAAGUUUUUUACAGAAUGGGACUAGAUGAUAAGGACAUAGUUGCAUUAUCUGGUGCCCACACCUUAGGGAGAUCUAGGCCAGAACGUAGUGGUUGGGGAAAGUCAGAGACGAAAUACACGAAAGAUGGACCGGGGGCACCAGGAGGACAGUCAUGGACACCGGAGUGGUUGAAGUUUGACAAUUCCUACUUCAAAGAAAUCAAGGAAAAGAGAGAUGAAGAUCUCCUUGUCCUACCUACUGAUGCUGCCCUCUUUGAGGAUUCUUCUUUCAAGGUCUACGCAGAGAAGUAUGCUGUCGAUCAGGAUGCAUUCUUCAAGGAUUACGCUGAAUCCCAUGCAAAGCUCAGUAAUCUUGGAGCAAAAUUUAACCCUCCUGAGAUAUCAGUUUUGUUUGGAACUGGAGGAGGCUCCAUUGGCGAACGAAUUUGCUGGAAUGACUUGGUGAUUUUAGAAAAUGUAGUUCAAUAA